CGGCUUCCUUGCAAGCUCCCCCGCCAUCCUCAAAAACAUAACCCCCCCUAAAGUCGAUCAGUCGGUGACGAUUUCCACACGUCGAAAAGUUUACAGCCCACUACUCAUCCCUCUCUCCGGUACGAUAUCAUCUACUCCGCGCCCUUGCCGACGCUGGUUUUCGCCUUCACGUCGACAAAUCUCCCCAUCUGUUUGCCUUCUUUCGCUUUGCGCCAGCUGCUAACCUCGCGACCAGCCCCGCUUGUUUACAAUUAACUCGCACCGAACCGAUUCCUUCACCGAUAGCAAACAUGGCCGAAACUCCUACCUUCAAGCUCGUCCUUGUCGGUGAUGGCGGUACCGGAAAGACCACCUUCGUCAAGCGUCACUUGACUGGUGAGUUCGAGAAGAAGUACAUGGCCACUCUUGGUGUCGAAGUCCACCCUCUGGGUUUCAGCACGAACUUUGGUCAGAUUCAGUUCGAUGUUUGGGAUACCGCCGGCCAGGAGAAGUUCGGCGGUCUCCGUGAUGGUUACUACAUCAACGGACAGUGCGGUAUCAUCAUGUUCGAUGUCACCUCCCGUAUCACCUACAAGAACGUCCCCAACUGGCACCGCGAUCUCGUUCGUGUUUGCGAGAACAUCCCCAUCGUUCUCUGCGGUAACAAGGUCGACGUGAAGGAGCGCAAGGUCAAGGCCAAGACUAUUACCUUCCACCGCAAGAAGAACCUCCAGUACUACGAUAUCUCUGCCAAGUCCAACUACAACUUCGAGAAGCCUUUCCUCUGGCUUGCACGCAAGCUUGUCGGCAACCCCGCUUUGGAAUUCGUUGCUGCACCGGCUCUCGCUCCCCCCACCGCUCAGGUCGACGAGAAGCUCCUCGAGCAGUACCGCAAGGAGAUGGAUGAGGCCGCCAACAUGCCUCUGCCCGGUGAACUUUCGGACGAAGACUUGUAAAGAUAGAGACGCGGCAUGGACAUGAUCCCAACGCGGUGGAACGGUUGAAAGGACGUCGUGAACCGAAAUUCUCUGGCGCAGACCGGCAAUAGCUGGUCACGGUCAUUAUGGUAGAAGACGGCACGGCCGGUUCGUAUGGUAGACUCGGAGCUGGAUGGAGGGUUUUACACUUGCUGCGAGACGACCAGCAUACUUUGAGUAGUUUGACGCCUUACAAGAUGAACACUGAGUCCUUACAUUUCCACCAAGGUGUCUCGGGUUCCGCUCGUCCACUUCUCUACUAUGCGUGUCCGUACCUCGACAGACAGCGCAAUGCAUUUAAUUAGAUAGCAAUUCAAUGGUUAGCUAGGCAUGAAUGGGGAGACAGACAGACAUACAGACAAGGAGAGAGAGGAAAGAGCGCAAAAGCAGGUAGAGAAACGGUCAUGAACAUGGUCUCGUCAGGACCACAACAUGCAACUCAACCACGCUACGUCACAUCAUAUUCUGAAUGAGAGAUAAUAAGUGGGUUCCAGAUAUCUCGAAAGGUGCAUAAGUAGCACUAAAGUAAGUAGUCCCUUAGACGAUAAUGUGACGGACCCUGUUUGCGAGCGAGACCGAAUGAAGUACUAUGGUAAACCAAAAGCGCGUUCAAAGAAGCGAACAGUGGGUAUGCACCGGCCUUGACAGAGUACUCCGUAUCGUGUACAUCCAGAGGUGGUUGGAGACCAUCAGAGGAGACGGCCCCGGACCCUUGAAAAGACAUACCGAAAGUUGGGGCAAAAAUAGUGCUUGCGGCCACGAUACAGGCCCAUUUGUGCAAACGAUCAAACUCCUCUCAAUUCAAGUUUCAGCUGCUAAGUUAUUUCGUACACCUACCUGCCUUACGA